CCGUUUCAACCUGGCGUCGCUUCCGACAUGGCGCUGAAUCAGUAUCAGAGUUGGAAUUGAGCCCGUGAGCAAGUCGAAGCUGCCAGAAAAUGCAACAGGCAUUCUCAGACUAUGUUUUGAAACACAUACCGACUAUCCGUAUCCGAAUAAGCAAGAAAAAAGAUUCCCUGUCUGAACAAACCGGCCUGAAAGUCCACCAGGUUUCGACUUGGUUCCCAAACGCUCGACGCCGUAAACCGAACCCGGUCGGAGAUGGACCUCUAACCUCCAGCUGUCAUAACAGCCUUGCUGAACAUCGGGAUAUUACCCAUGAACAACCUCCUGCCGUGAGUCCGCUUGAUCGAUGGAGGGUCCACACCAACGACAUGCACAUCGGGGUUCUUCUGCUUCAGGCCUCUGGCUAGCCGGUAGCGGUGCAUCCCGUUCCUGCUCCCGCCAUGACAACGUGCACCUGGCCUUGUGUCUGGUGCCAUAUCUCCUGCGCCGUCCCCUGUUCGUGAGCAAGGGGGUUCUCCGGGUUGUUGUAUUGAUCCAGAAUCCAAGAGCCCCACAUCUUCCCCGAAUCGGCAAUGGAAAAGGCGUGCCCCUGACGACCGCAG